UCCGAACCGCGGCUCCCCGGGGCGCAGCCAUGCACGGGCCCCGCCUCCGCUGGGCCCAACGGAGUCAGCCCCGGCCGCCGAAGCCGAGCCGGCAGCCCUGCUUCUGCCUACCGCCUGGGCUGCACCUUCCCCACGCUCCUCCGCAGCGCCCAGCCCAAGGGUGCCGCGGAACCCCACUCCCUCGGCCCCCUCCACCCCCCGGCCCUGGAUGACCCCCAGUCGCAGGAAGGUCCAUUUGUCCUCUGGCGAGGAUUCUCCGAGCCCACUCACCACAUGGGCCGGCUCAGAAACGCCAAGAUCUACGUGGAGAGAGCUGUCAAGCAGAAGAAGAUCUUUAUGAUCCAAGGCCACUACCCAGUGAUCCGGUGCCUCUUGCUCCGGAGGGGCUGGGUGGAGAAGAAGAUGGCUCAUCACACAGGCACCAUUCUGCCGCCACCCCAGACCGACCUGGAUAGACCAGUGAUAGGUGAUAGUGACACCCCCGAGGAUGAGGAUGAAGAUGAGGAUGAAGAGUCAUCACAGCUGUUGGAAUUCGGCGGUGGCGGUUUGCUGGCAUGUGAAGCCCUGGAGGGGACCCACGCUCUGAUGUCCCGCAUGGUUCGGAACGAGACCCCCUACUUCAUCUGGACCACUCGGCGCGACGUGCUGGACUGCCGCUUCCUCUCCAAGGAUCAGAUGUUAAACCACUAUGCCCGGGCUGGCUCCUUCACCACCAAGGUGGGUCUCUGUCUCAAUCUGCGGAAUCUGCCCUGGUUUGACGAGGCGGAUGCAGACACCUUCUUCCCGCGAUGCUACCGCCUCGGGGCUGAGGAUGAGAAAGGAGCCUUCAUAGAGGACUUCCUGCUGACAGCUGCCCGCAACGUUCUCAAACUGGUGGUGAAGUCCGAAUGGAAGUCCUACUCUGUCCAGGAAGAAGUGGAAGGAGGCCCAGAGGACAAGCAGUACAAGAAACCCCAGAAAAAGCCCAUGGUCGUGUCCCCAGAGUUUGUGGAUGAGGCUCUGGGUGCUUGCGAGGAGCACCUUAGCACCCUGGCCCACGUGGACAUCGACAAGAGUCUGGAGGCCCCGCUGUGUCUCCGCCCCGAGGGCUGGACACUUUUCCUGCAGCACUACUACCGGGUGGUCCAUGAGGGGGCGGAACUGAAGCACCUGGACGCUCAGGUGCAGCGCUGUGAGGACAUCCUACAGCAGCUGCGGGCGGUGGUGCCCCAGAUCGACAUGGAAGGCGAUCGAAACAUCUGGAUCGUGAAGCCAGGAGCCAAGUCCCGUGGACGAGGCAUUCUGUGCAUGGACCACCUGGAGGAGAUGCUGAAACUGGUGGACUGCAACCCCCUGGUGAUGAAGGACGGCAAGUGGGUAGUGCAGAAGUACAUCGAGAGGCCUCUGCUCAUCUUUGGCACCAAGUUUGACCUGAGACAGUGGUUCCUGGUGACUGAUUGGAACCCGCUCACCGUUUGGUUCUACCGAGAUAGUUACAUCCGCUUUUCCACGCAGCCCUUCUCGCUGAAGAACCUGGACAGCUCCGUACACCUGUGCAACAACUCCAUCCAGAAACACCUGGAAAACUCCUGCCGCCGGCAUCCGCAGCUGCCACCGGACAACAUGUGGUCCAGCGAGAAAUUCCAGCUCCACCUGCAGGAGAUGGGGGCCCCAGAGGCCUGGGCCACCAUCAUUGUGCCCGGCAUGAAGGCCGCUGUGGUCCAUGCACUGCAGACCUCCCAGGACACCGUGCAGGGUCGGAAGGCCAGCUUCGAGCUCUAUGGGGCGGACUUUGUGUUUGGGGAGGACUUCAGGCCCUGGCUGAUUGAGAUCAACGCCAGCCCCACCAUGGCGCCCUCCACGGCUGUCACCGCCCGCCUCUGUGCCGGGGUGCAAGCUGACACCCUGCGUGUGGUCAUUGACCGGCGGCAGGACCGCAACUGUGACACUGGAGCCUUCGAGCUCAUCUACAAGCAGCCGGCCGUGGACGUGCCCCAGUACGUGGGCAUCCGGCUCCUGGUCGAGGGCUGCAACAUCAAGAAGCCCGCGUCAAUGUGUCGCCGGCGGAUGGCUGUCCGCCCGGCACUCCCUCACCUGCAGCCCCAGCGAGACUGUGGGGAAGGCAAGGCUUCGGGGGCCCCCGCCCACAGCCUGAGCACAGACCCGCACCCAGCCAGAGACCAAACAAGCCACCCCUUUCAUAGCAAUGCGCUAUGGCAACCACAGGAAACGGACUUGCGAGGCACGGAGGAUGUGCGCGCCCGCACCCAGAGACCCUCCAGAGCAUGGGGAGCUCGGCUUCCUGCGAACAGCCCACUGCCACUGCCGAAUGGACACAGAUUCCAGCGCGACACCGCCAGCUGCCCCCAGUGGGGACCCAUGACAGUGUGGGGCAAAGCAAUCCACAGAACAGGUAGCGGCAAGAGCCAGUGGAUGGGGACUUCAAAGGCAGGCAGAACAAGAGACAUGGGUUCCUGGUUAGGGAUCCAUUGGUAUGUCGAGACACCUAGAACAGAAAACCGAGCGAGCUGUUACCCUGAGUCAGAGUGGUGGGUUUCCAACCUCAACUGAACAACAGAGCUUUUGGAGGUCUCUUAGCCAGGGCUGACGCUGGGGUCUCCCCCCAGAGCAACUGAACCAGAACCUUUGGGUGCAGAACUGUCGAGGGCCGUGGGAACUUUCUUAGGGUUCCUGAUAAGGAUUUAAAACAAGUUUCCAUGGCAUCAGCUACACACACACACACACACACACACACACACGUCACAGAGUUUUCAGUGGCUGAAUUUUUUCAGAAACAGAUACCCAGUUCUUUCUUCUAACAUGUCCCUGGUAGAUUCGAACCUGUAACCUUUGGGUUAGCAGCAGAGCCGGUGGUUUCUACAAGGGGUCAGGGAUGAGAAAGAUUCCCGAGGAAGGAGAGGAAGGCUUCUAUUGCUUGAUCCGAAGAGCGGUCAUUUUCUAAGGAUCCCUUAAAAUACAGAGAUGUGUUUUGUGUGCUCUCAUGCAAGUUUAAUGUAUUUCAGUCUUCCUAAGUGGGGAGGUUAAAAAAAAAUCUAACCCUUCUGCUCCCCGUCUGGAUGGGGUCGGAAACAGCCAAAUAAAAAAGCACGCAUAUUCAACUCA